AUGAAUGCGAACGUGAAUAAUCUGCACGUCAACGUCGACGAUGCGGAGGCCCCUCCCCCGCCAUACUCAGAAACAGACAUCUACUCCAACUCAGGCGGCCCUCGAUCCGCCGCAUCAUCCACCUCCCACACUGGCCUCACGCCUCUCGACGAUGCCUCGUCCACAGGAGAGACUGUCUACACGCCUCCCUUGACACCUCGCACAUCGUCAAAUACACACCUGGAGCCCCGGCAAUCUGCAGAGCAGCCCGGCGCCGCAUUAUACUUUGACUCACGACCGCCGCCCGCCAAUCCUCCCACAGAGACGCUCGUUCACACCGUCAGAGUGGAAAGUACCUCUCUUCCAGAUGACUUGCCGUAUCAGGACGACUGGGCUGCGAGGGAUGUCACGCCGCAGGACUGGGCGACCUUUGUGAACUUCCUGCUGCCUGAUCACACGACCAGGGGCAAUGAAGCGGUGAUUGAAAGGAAGCUGAGGAGUGAAGAGAAGACUGAUGCUGCCUUGACGAGCGGGAGGUCUCAGGCUGAAGCGCAAUUGGAGCAGACGCGGGACAACGGGGCCGCCACGACGAGGAGCAGGUCGGAGAUUGAGGCGACUGUCCAGCAGUGGAACGAUGGCUUCUUUGGGCCAAGGGGGAUGAGUGUGAGGCUUGAACCAGAGGCAAGAAUGCCAGGUUCUUGGGCGGCGGAACUCGAGGCUCCUGAGCAACGGAGAGAGAACAAUUCUUCUAUAUUCGGCAAGCUUUCCAUUGGUAGUGACGGAAUCCGAUAUGGCGACACUGUGGUCCUGGACGGCAAUGGCAUCAAGAUCAACGGUCUCAUUGUGAAUCAUGACGGCAUCUCCAUGGGCAGGAAUAGCCAGCCUUUGGGAACAGCAACGCCGCAGCAACGAAGCCUUGCCGGGCCAAGCGGGCCGACAAGCCCAGCAGGCCCAACAGGCCCGUCGUGGACAUUCGGCGGCCGCUCAGGAUGGGACCACCAUCGUCACAAUUUCCGUGAUUUCCGCCACGGUGGCCAUGACUGGCAUCAUGACAGGCACCAUGACAGACACCACGGACGUCACCAUUGGGAUGAACGUCGCGAAGGCCAACACUCCGAGGACCGCGGCAGAAGGUGGUAUCCAGACCGCAAAGACGGACACGACCGAUCCCGCUCCAUCUCGUCAGAUUCCUCCGAUUCCUCCAGCAGCUCUGAGUCGUCGAUUGGCUCCCUCCCCGACUACGACGACGUCAAGGACCACCAGCUUCCACUAUACGCCGAACGGCUCCGGGACUGGACAUCCCACCCCGGCCAAGUACGCACCAAGAGCGACGUUCGAGCCCUCAAAGCAGAAUUGAAAGCCGUCCCAAAGGGACCUGCAGAUCCGAACUUCAACCGCAAGGCUCUCAAGGGGCAAAUCAAGGGUCUCCACGCGAGCUGGAAGUCCAUCAAGAGGGCCCAGAGACAAACUCGAAAGGCUUACCGACGAGAGCGACGGAUGCAGCGCAGAGCGGAGAAAAGGGAGUAUCGAAACCAGAGACGAGAGAUGAGACGGGCUCACAAGGAUUAUAGAAGACAUGGAGGACCGUUUCAUGUGCAGCCGCCGCCAAUACCUCCUGUUCCCCAAGCACCACCCGCACCACCCGCACCGCCAGGCCCUACCGCGGGUCCCAACCCCCCUCCGUGGACCCAGAAUUGGCCACGAGGCUGUACCGGUCCAUCCCAGAGAAGUUCCUUCUUCUUCGGUCCCGACGGACCUCUCGGCGAGCGAGGGCCAUUCGGCCACCGCGGUGCCUUUGGAGGGCCGAGAGGAGGGCCUUUUGGCCGCGGAGGAUGGGGCAGUUGGGCCAGAGGCUGCGGCGCCAACAUGGCUGCAGGAGGACCAUGGGGUCCGGCAGUUGGUGGAAACCUGCGCGAGGCGCCCGGUGCGUGGCCCGAAGAAGACCACGAGUCUGGCGUCUCGUCACACAUUCCUCCCCCCGGGGCCGGGGCCGCGGCGAAGUACAAGGCCGCGGAGCAAAUCGAGGCCGAGAUUGCCAAGUUGGCCACCAAGGCGGCGGGUGCGAAAGAGGGCAGGGCCGCAAUGGAAAAGGAAAUCGAGGCCCUGACCGACAAGUUGGAGGCGGUGAGGAUGGAGGCGGACGAGGCUUAUGCGCGGGAGUUGGCUGAGUAG